CAAGCAAGCGGGCAGGCAAGGGGCCGCCGGCCGCGCCUCUCGGGAGCGGGGCGCGAUGGAUGAUCAGCCCCGUCUGAUGCACUCGCACGCCGGCGUGGGCAUGGCCGGCCACCCGGGCCUGUCCCAGCACAUGCAGGACGGGGCCGGGGGCGCCGAAGGCGAGGGGGGCCGCAAGCAAGACAUCGGGGACAUUUUGCAGCAGAUCAUGACCAUCACAGACCAGAGUUUGGACGAGGCGCAGGCCAGAAAACAUGCUUUAAACUGCCACAGAAUGAAGCCAGCACUUUUUAAUGUUUUGUGUGAAAUCAAAGAAAAAACAGUGUUGAGUAUUCGAGGGGCUCAGGAGGAGGAACCAACAGACCCACAGCUAAUGCGACUGGACAACAUGCUUUUAGCAGAAGGGGUAGCAGGCCCUGAAAAAGGAGGGGGUUCAGCCGCUGCAGCUGCCGCAGCCGCAGCAUCUGGGGGUGCCGGCUCGGACAAUUCUGUGGAGCAUUCGGACUACAGAGCAAAACUAUCUCAAAUUCGACAGAUCUACCACACCGAGUUGGAGAAAUAUGAGCAGUUGUCCCAGGCAUGCAACGAGUUCACCACUCAUGUGAUGAAUCUGCUGCGAGAGCAGAGCAGGACCCGGCCCAUCUCACCCAAGGAGAUAGAGCGGAUGGUCAGCAUCAUCCAUCGCAAGUUCAGUUCCAUCCAGAUGCAACUCAAACAGAGCACAUGUGAAGCUGUCAUGAUCCUGCGCUCCCGAUUUCUUGAUGCACGGCGGAAAAGAAGAAAUUUCAACAAGCAGGCUACAGAAAUCCUCAAUGAGUAUUUCUAUUCCCACCUCAGCAACCCAUACCCCAGUGAGGAAGCCAAAGAGGAGCUAGCCAAGAAAUGUGGCAUCACAGUCUCACAGGUAUCAAACUGGUUUGGAAAUAAGCGAAUCCGGUACAAGAAGAACAUAGGUAAAUUUCAAGAGGAAGCCAAUAUUUAUGCUGCCAAAACGGCUGUCACUGCUACAAAUGUGUCAGCCCAUGGAAGCCAAGCUAACUCACCCUCAACUCCCAAUUCAGCUGGUUCUUCCAGUUCUUUUAACAUGUCAAACUCUGGAGAUUUAUUCAUGAGCGUGCAGUCACUCAAUGGGGAUUCUUACCAAGGGGCCCAGGUUGGAGCCAACGUGCAGUCACAGGUGGAUACCCUUCGCCAUGUUAUCAGCCAGACAGGAGGAUACAGUGACGGACUCGCAGCGAGUCAGAUGUAUAGUCCGCAGGGCAUCAGUGCUAAUGGAGGCUGGCAAGAUGCUACAACUCCUUCGUCAGUGACCUCCCCCACAGAAGGCCCUGGCAGCGUUCACUCUGAUACCUCCAACUGAUCUCCCAGCAAUCCGGCAUCCCUGGCUGCCCCCCACCCUGCACCAGGCAGAAGUGGGGGCCGAGAAGGGAGGGGUUUUCUCUCCUAAUGUUGAAGCCAUCAGGCUGGAUCCAGAGCUGAUCGGCAGACACAGCAAGAGUCUCCUUCUCUUCUCUUGGUUGGGAUGCUUUUUUUCAGCCAAUCUGGACACUUCUUUAUACUCUCUUCCCUUUCUUUUCUGGGUAGAAGCCACCUCUCCUUUUACUCCCACCAUCGCCCAUUCUCUCACACCAGAAUAUUUUUUUCAAUCUGAAGGAAACAAACAGCCUCUAGAAGUAUUUGUACAUUUUCAUGAUAUUUUCUUUUUCUUUUGAGGAGUCAGCCUUUACCUCCCUCCAGCCUAUCUGGCAUCCACCUCCUUCUGUUUCUCUGAUGUUCUCACUACCUCUUUGCAGGAGCCACCUAAGCCCUUCCCCCUGGCCUUUGGGCGCCAUUCCUCCUCCUCCUCCUCCUCCUCCUCCUCUUCCAUGUAAGGACAAUUGUCUGUUCUUCUUAAGACCCUGAACCCUUGAUGAAAUUGCCUUCCAGGAUAUUCCCCGUUACAGGUUGGAUAAAUGCAAUUCGGGUCCUGCAAAGGUAUGUCCACAACAUGCCACAAUGUAACCAAGAUGACCAGGAGAAUGCGGGCAGAUCUACUUCUUACCAUCCCGUUGUGCCUUGUAUCAAGCCCCAGUCACGUCUCCUGCCAUUGGUCACUGCCGCUGUUUCCCGUUCUGCACCCCCCACUCCACCCCAGAACUGCAAAAUUAGGGCUGUGCAUACUUUUGCACCAAGGAAAUUCACGUUUGGUGCUUGGAAUAAAGUAAUGCAAAUGAAGUCAAUUUGCAUAAUUUAUUCCAUUUCCAAUACUUUUGUUUUAAAGAUUUGCGGGGGAAAUGCUUAGGCGUUCUGUAGGAAAGCUUACAAUAAUUAGGGGAAAGUAGGGGAAACUGGAUAAGGGCAGAGGGAUGGGAGCCAUGCACAGCACUGAGGCAUUCAGCAUUUUACCCUCAUAUUUCUGAGCCUUAUCCAGCUGUUGCCUAGAUCCUUCCUAGUGUUUGCGCACAGCCAUGCUGUUUAAAAUCUUGCUUU